UCUGUGAGUUAUGACUGUCAAACGUAUGAAUAAAAAAUUUCUGUCUGGUCUGUUUCUAUAUUCUCUGUAAUUAUUAAGACAGAUAUUAAAUGAGGUUAUGCACAGUUAUUGAAUAAGUUUUACAUCAUUGCUUAGGACGUUGAGAAUUCUUUAUAAAAAGGAAAAGAAUGGAACCAGCAAACUUGAACGAACCGUUUUGCGGGUUGUGUCUGAGUACUGUACGCGAUACAAAAUACCAAAAAAUAGAUGUUGUAAGCGACAUUCUGGAAAUUGUUCUGCCAGAUGUGAAUUUGGAGGAAAUCGAUAAACAUUUCAUUUGUGAAGUAUGUUCCGUGAAAUUAUUUGCUGCUUUUAAUUUUAAGUCAGUAUGUAUAAAUACUGAGGAUAUUAUUUUUCCUUAUAUAAAUGCCAGUAAAAAGUCACCGGUUGACUUAAAAGAAGUUUAUCUAAAGGAGAAGGGAAGUAUUCAAUUGAAUAUCUCGGAGGAUCAAAGAAUUUGUCGAUUAUGUUUUCAAUUAAUAACAUCUGGAUUUGUGUCACUAAAUGAAGUAGAUGUUGCCAUUAUUGAUUCAUAUAUUCCACAAGUUAAUGUCGGUGCUACUAGUCAUCCUGUUAUAUGCGGACCGUGUUUUGAUUCGCUUCGUACUCAUGGCAGUUUUCUAGAGAACUGUCUUGAUGCACAGGAAAAAUAUAGAAGUAUUGAUAAACAAUCUUACAUUAAAACUAAAGAAAUUGAAAUAAACCUAGAAGACGAUUGUCAGAAUGUGCAGGAAAAAUUUAAUAGUGCUGAUAACCCUUUUUAUAUUAAAUCUGAAGAGAUUGAAAUCAAAGUAGAGGAAGAUAAUGAUAAUAGUGGUUCAUCUUCAUACGACUUAGAUAAUGAAGCAAUUGAAAACAAGCAGAUAUAUUCUUCCGAAGACAUAGGAGUGGCAACGAGUGAAAAACCCGAAUUUCAAAAGAAUGAUAAACUUAAAUAUGGGACUAAUAACGUGCAACACAAAAAUCCUUCAGAAAUCCAAAUGUAUAAGUGUGAUGUGUGUGAUUAUACAACUAAAUAUAGUUGGACUCUACAGGUGCAUCAGUGCAGUAUGCAAUUGCACAAAGACUCUGCAGAAGACCGAAUGUCAAUGUACUACAACUCUUUGGGAAUCAAAAUGUGGAAGUGUGAUAUUUGUAGUUUUGAAACUAAAUAUAAGAGAUGUCUAAAAGUACAUAUUUUACGGCACAAAGGUGGUUCAUACAGCCGAAUGUACAAGUGUGAUCUGUGUAAUUAUAAAACUAAAUAUGAGAAUUAUCUAAAAAAACAUCAGUUGUUGCACAAAGAUUCUUUGGAAGUUCAGAUGUAUCAGUGUGAUACAUGUAAUUUUCAGACUGAACUUAAGAGUAAUCUAAAAUUGCAUCAGUUACGGCACAAAUGCCUUUUGAAAACCCAAAUGUACACAUGUGACAUGUGUACUUACAAAACUAAAUUUAAGUAUGUUCUAAAUAGGCAUCGGUCAAUGCGCCACAACAUUUUGGAAAUCCAAAUGUGGAAGUGUGAUAUGUGUAGUUUUCAAACUAGAUAUAAGAGAAGCCUACAAAUGCAUAUCUUACUGCACAAAGACAUCCGAAUGUACAAGUGUGAUACUUGUACUUAUGAAACUAAAUUUAAGGUUCAUCUAAAAACGCAUCGGUGGCGGCACAAAGGCCUUUUGGAAAGCGAAGUAUACAAGUGUGAUACAUGUGGUUAUGAAGCUGACCAUAAGAGCCGUCUAUAUGGGCAUCAGUUAACACACAAAGACCCAUCGGAAAUUAAAAUGUACAAAUGUGAUGCUUGUCCUUAUGAAGCUAAACAAAAGAGAUAUCUGAAAAAUCAUCAGUUAAUUCACAAAGAUGUUUCAAAAGUUCGAAUGUAUCAGUGUGAUGUUUGCAUAUUUGAAACUAAGCAUAAGAGGUAUCUAAAAGUACAUCAGUUAGUACACAACGCCCCUAUGGUAGGGCCCAAAUAGACCUACGAGACUGGCGUCUGGAGACAGUCCUUGGGCAACCCAAUCCCCUUCACUUAUACUUAGCGAGAGUUUCAAUUUUCUCCACUUGAUUAUGGUACUUUGCUAUAGGAUCCUAAUGAUUUAUAAAUAUAUACUACAGACUGAUCUAAAUUAAGUUGGGACUAUUUGGCAGCUUCAUUAUUAUUGAAUAGAAAAUCGACAUUUUUCUCAUUUUUAGAAUAUUUAUAAAUAGAUAUUAAAACACAUAAUAUACAUUUUGAAUACAUACAUAAACAUAAUAUAAUUUGGUUUCAUUAUAUGUUGCCUUGAUUAUUUUUAUGAUCACAUUUUUUAUGUCGAUUUAAUAAUAAUUUCUUCAAAAAUAUUUCUUUACAUAUACAGCAAAUGUGUUUUGAAUGAUUAUGUUUCCAUCUGUUGUGUGAUAAGAUAGAUGUUUUAUUUUUGAAAGUUUGUCCGCAUUCUUCACAAACAGUAUGAUUUCACAAUUUUGAACACUAUUUUCUGCAUUGCUUUCAUUACCAUAAUUAAAAUAAAUAAAAAAAAACACUGAACAGCUCGUGAUCUGAAAUAUUACAUCAUAGGACAUAAAUUAUUACAUAUUAUUAUGUUCGUCUUGUCUCGGAAUGUGUAAGAUACAACACGACUAUAACCAGAGACACUCCACAUAACCAUAAAUCACAGACACAGACCACCGACCACCUGAUGUAACAGUAACAGUAACCAUAGAGCUUAAGAACUUGGCACUCGGCAAGUCGGAAAAGUUCAUUGGGUUGCCCUAGGACUGUCUCCAGACGCCAGUGCCUACGAGUGUGCGAACUGACUAAUACUAUUAUUUUAUAUUUAAAAAAGUGAUUGCUCAAAGAAAAAUGAAUGAUUAUUGCUAAAUUUUAAUAACUUAAUAUAUAUUUUAAUAGUUCUAUUUUUUUACAUUAUUUUUAAGGGUUUAAUAAGCUAAUUCAAGAACUAUUUUUGAAAAAUCCCAUGAGGUAAAUAUAAAGUAAAUAUAGUAAAUUUAAUAAAUAUAGAUAUAAUAUAGUGAAAUUAUGUAUCCACAAAGAAACAUGCGUUCAUUAUAAAAAUUUACACAAGUAAAUAAAAAUUAUAAAAUCAAAUUUAAUAUCACAUAAUUUACAUUAGAAAUGAAAAUAAUAAAAUAUAAAUAUUGAAGCCUAUGCCAUUUGACAAAAACUUGGAUAAUUAAACAAUAAAACACUGCAUUUGUUUAAGACCUUAUCAGACGAGGUUAAUAAUAUCAGUAUUAGUGUAUAUUUUUAGGUAUUAUUAGGUAAAAAUUAUUUAAGUCGCACAAACAUUACUUCUCUUAAUAAUAAUUUGAUGAAUUUCACUUCUAGUAGUUAUUAGUCAAAAUCGAAGCUUUCUGCUUAAACAGGAAGGGACUGGGCUUCCCUUAUAUCCUGCGGAAUUUCAGCAUAUGCAAUUGGGCAAAGAUAGGUAAAUAAUUUUUGGCUUUUACUUUUGUGUACUUCAGGGAUCAAGGUAUUUUUUUUAGCAAAUCUAAUGUUGAAAUGGUGUGGUAUUGGUGUUGCAUUUGCCUUAGUUUUAAAAUGUAUGAUAAUUAAACUAAAUAUAAUUGUCUAAUGUCAAAAAUUCUGAAUUCUGAAAAUAAAGUAUCAGUUGGAUAUGUGUAACUUUUUCCUAACAUUAUUUUUAUGACUAUUUUUGCGCAGUAUUGAUUUUUCUAUAUAACUGUCAGUUAUAUACUUACUGUGUCGAAAGUUUUCCUGAAACGGUACUGUUUUUUUUUUUGAUAAAAUAUAUUUCUCCAAAAAACUGGUAAUACGAGUUUUAAGAAUUUUUUUAUAUAUUUUUUCCUUUACUACUUAUUAAAGAUAUCGGUGUAUAAUUUAUCACUCCAGUUUUACCUUCUGUAAAUAGGUUUUAUCAUAGCAUUUUUAAAUAUGUCUGGAAAUACACCAGAAUUAAUAGAUUUAAUUAUUAUGUUCGAAAGAGACACAGAUAUAAUCAGCAAUUAAUUUUAAAGAUCCCGGUUUUAUUUUAUCAUUUCCGGUGGAUUUCUUAGGUUGUAAAGCUGCUAAAUAUUGUUUAAAUUCCAGAGGGUUAGUUUCUGAUAUAAAUAUGAAAUUAGAUAUUUUUUUGAUGAAGUUAUUUUGUUUACACACCGUAAUCUGUGUAAUGGUUAAUAAAAUGUUCAGAUAUU